CAGAUACACGCAAUAUGGUCGUAGUGUACGUAGCUCUCGGCACUCUGGCCUUUGUAAGGAUGUGCCGAUAAGCUCUCAAAGUCAGUCACAGCUAGAAUGGCGAAGCUGGAGGUGGCUUCAUCCAUCAAGUCCGCAUUUGUUGUGAUCGUCUCUGUGGUGGUCGUGUUUGCUGCUCUCCGAAAUUCCCUCACAUGGCACCUGCAGAGAUUUUGGGGAGCUUCAGGUGAUUUCUGGCAAUCAAACUGGGAAUGGGCAGUUGAUAAUUAUGGCCAGGACGAGGAAAAAUUUUACGUCUUCGGUUUGACUGCGCUGACUAUGGCAGUUUUCUGGGGCCUAGGCGGACUUUACAUUUUCCUUGAUCUCACUAACUGGCCGACGUUCAUGCGCAAAUACAAAAUCCAACCUGGAGCAAAUGAGCCCGUUGACAAAUCAAAACUUUUGCAAGGUAUCCUUCAAGGCCUGUUCAACCAAAUUGUCGUCGGAAUACCAUUUGCAUACCUAGCAUUUCAUGUGAUGCAAUGGAGAGGGAUGCCUCCUAUCAGACAACUGCCUACUUUUCAGCGAGUGCUCAUGGAGUUGCCCGUAUUCAUUUUAAUCGAAGAGUUUGGAUUUUACUAUAGUCACAGGUUGCUCCACCACAAGUCAAUCUACAAGUACAUCCACAAAAAGCACCACGAAUGGACUGCCCCGGUGGCAGUGAUGGCCAUUUACUGCCACCCCGUCGAGCACAUUUUGUCCAACAUGUUUCCCAUUCUGCUAGGUCCUUUUAUUUUGGGCUCUCACUACUCCACGGGCAUCCUUUGGUUCAUGUUGGCCAUUGUCACAACGCUCAAUGACCACUCUGGCUACCACCUUCCGUUUGCCUUUUCCUCUGAAUUCCACGACUUCCACCACCAAAAGUUCAACCAAUGCUACGGUGUGCUGGGAUUACUCGACAGGCUGCACGGAACCGAUUCAAUUUUUAGAAAGACGCCCGGCUUCAAACGACACACAGUGGUUACAAGUUUUAAAUCUGCCAGAGAGAUAUAUCCGGACGAGGCAAGAAAAUCCAAAUAAUUUUUUCUUCGGUCUUAAAACCCACUUCCUCAGUUUUUACAAUGUGAUGAUAUGAUAUUAAAAAAUAAAAAUAAUAAAUCAAAAUCUAGUUUGUUUAUACAGGAAACGUAAAUAUUUAAUCAGUUUAUCAUAUUUCUAAAAAAUUUAUUGAGUUAAAAUAAAAUUUCUCUUCACAAAAG